AUGCUUUCUUUGUUCUCCGGCACCCACUCCCCAAACUCCAGUCGCGGUUUCCCUGGUGGAAGUUCAACCGAGGAAACUAUGCCGUCGGAGAAGAUUGAACAAUCUUCACCUGCCCAGCGGCCCCUGUCUCAGCGCCGCAAGCGGAUCGUUGUUGCUAUGACCGGAGCAACUGGGGCCAUCCUAGGAAUAAAAGCACUGAUUGCCUUGCGCAAGUUAAAUGUGGAGACGCACCUCGUGAUGAGCAAAUGGGCCGAGGCAACCAUCAAGUACGAGACUGACUAUCACCCGUCGAAUGUAAAAGCACUUGCCGACUAUUUCCACUCGAUCAACGAUAUGGCAGCUCCCAUCUCAAGCGGCUCCUUCAAAGCUGAUGGAAUGAUCGUUGUUCCGUGCAGCAUGAAGACCCUUGCAGCAAUCCAUAGCGGGUUCUGCGAUGAUCUGAUCGCUCGCACCGCCGAUGUUAUGCUUAAAGAGCGACGACGCCUGGUCUUGGUCGCUCGGGAAACCCCGUUAAGCGAUAUUCAUCUGCGCAACAUGUUGGAAGUAUCCCGCGCGGGCGCCAUCAUCUUCCCUCCUGUUCCGGCUUACUAUAUCCGGGCAGCGUCCGUGGAUGAAUUGGUCGACCAGAGCGUAGGACGCAUGCUAGACCUUUUCGAUUUGGACACUGAGGACUUUGCGAGGUGGGAGGGUUGGUAG